CUCCAAAUGUAAUUACCAAAAGACAAAAAGGAAAGGGUGAAAAAAAUGAAAAUGAAGGAAAGCCUGAAGUCAGCACACACACCCACCCACACACACACAGUGAGAGUGCAAAAAACUGGCAACAACAGCUUUGACCAUUUGACUUGAAAAGAUUACAGAGAAUCAUCGUUGUUUCCUUUGUUCUAGAGUACUUUCUUUUCUUCUGUUCCCUGCUUCACGUUCAAGUUUCUUCCAUUCCCCCAUUAAAUAUCCCCACUCACCUCGUACUUUAUCGAAUCCAACAAUUGUGGCCGAAUUCUUCACGGCGAAGAAACGACAGUUUCUUAUGUAGAAAAUCAAAUCACUCUGUCAUUCAUCACUGCGAUACUGAGAAUUUAGCCGGUGGAGGAUUUCAAUUUUCCAGCCAGUCACUGUAAGAGGUGGUUUCAGGUCUGAGUAUGUCCUAUUAGAAUAAUCUGACAAAAGGCACCUUUUGUUCCUUAUAAUGUGCCAUGGGUCCAGAGUUAGAGCAUGAAACAAGAUUAGAUGGAAAUAAAGCCUUAGUUGUAAAGGAAAGUGGAGGUCUUUCUGUAGAUACUAAGGAUGAAUCCGUGAAAUGUGGAAGCAAUUGUGAGGGCAAUGCUUUGAGCAUGGAUAAAUCCAUAGAUCAGCCUAUAUUGCGUGACGAGAAUCAGGACGUGGAAGUGAAGGAUAUAGAGCUCCCUUCUACGGGAGGAAAGGGGCGAGUUAAUGCUGGUUGUCAAGAUUCAACUGAGAGUUCAAGUUCAAGCUCUUUUGAUGAUACAGCUUCUGAGACAGAGGAUGCAACUAGCACCGUUGAUGGUGAAGUUGGUUCGAACUUAUUUACUGAUGGUUCGCCGAUUCUGGAUAUCAAGGCGUUUGGUGACCUGCUGAGAUUAAGGAAGAAAAAAUUGACUAGUCAUUGGAGGACAUUUGUUCACCCAUUGAUGUGGCGAUGUAAAUGGGCUGAAUUACAAGUCAAGAAGUUACAUGAUCUAGCUAUAAAGUAUGACAGGAAACUUGUUGAUAACAAAAGGAACUCUCCUGCUGAAGGUUUUGACCUGAAGUCGGCACAGUUCCCGGGUGAGAAUCCAACCGAUAAACUAAUGAAGAGAAAGAAGAGAAGAAGAGUCGAAGACACAAUGGAUCCAUCGUCAUAUUUGUCUGACCAUCCCGUGCUUUCUUACUUUGAUAACAAGAAUCGUACUUCUGAUGAUCCUUUGGAUGACCAUUUGGGCAAUCAAGAAAAGAUCAAAGGUGUUGAUCAAUCUGAAGUCCAUGGAGAAAGAUUGUGGCUGGAAUCAGGUGGCGGUGAUAAUUUUCUGGAAGAAUUGUUGAGGAAGAUUGGGCUUUUACAGACACAAGCUAGAGAUCUGAAGUGUAGACUUGGCAAGGUAAUGACUGAAAAUACUGGUUUGUUUACUCGCACCAACGACACAGGCAUGGCUGUACCAGCUAAUUUGACCAUCUCUGCUCAAUUCCCUGCUGCUCCUCAAAAUAAUGGGGACAGAAUGGCAGUUGGAUCUUCUAAAGAUCCAUCUCAACUUACAUCGGUCUAUACCAGUGGUUCUAUGGUUAUGCCUAAAGUUGCAGUUCCAAGUCAUGCAGAAGGAUCCUAUAUCUCAAAUGUAAUUCAAGGCUCAAAUCAGUCUCUUCAGAGGAGUGCAUUGAUGAAAGUAAGUGUUUCAUCCAUGUUUACUGGCAUUGGAUACCAUGAAAUUCUUCUGCAGUGGCUAGAAUUUCUUAGUUUCAUUAUUAUUAUUAUUAUUAUUUUUUUUUUUUGGAGGGGGGGGGGGGUGUUCAGGUGUUAUUCAAAUCCAUAGCUCUACUUACUGGGCAACAACUACAUGAUCCUACUUUUUUUUUUUUUAAUCGUGUUCCUUUGAUUAGCUUGAACAAGACGUAAUAAUUAAUUAAACUGGAACUAUAUCCGGUCUCUUAUUUUCGCUGAGCAAGGUGGCAUCUUUUGUAUGAUCCUGUUUUAAUUGCUACUAUUGCCAUUGCCUUUUCCCUUUUCAACCUCCACUGUGACCUGUGGUGUUUUUGUACUUUUUGUGGAGAACUCUAAAGCAUGAAAAACUGGUUCUUCCUAAAUUAAUGUUGUUUUGCGAGGCAAUAUUUUCUGCCUGUGAGUUGUCGAGGUUCAGAUUUGCUUAGGUUCGCUGUUUUGAAAUUAGUUAAGAUUUUCAUGGUCUGGAUUCCAUUAUUUGAAGAAUAUGCAUCUUGGUUUUUAUAUUGUAAAUUUAAUUUUUCUUGAGUUGAUAUGAUAUGCUGGCAGCUUGUCCUAUAGAUCCAAGAGACGGUUUGCUUUGAAAUCUUAGCAGAAAGUCAGGUUAUGUAGUAGUGGUACUUAGUGAUGACUGUAGGACAGUGACAUGAAAAUGUCAAGGACUUAUCUAUCUCAUACUAUGUUCAAUAUACUAACUUGUUGCAAAUCAUAGAUGCAGGCAAAUGAUUUACUGUGCUGGCCGGCUGAAGAUGAUGUAUUGAUAUACGAUGAGAGGUUGAGGGCGGGGAUGAAGAAUUAUGACGAUCUUAGUAUUCCCAUGGAGAAGCCCCUGGUGCUGAAGGAAGAGCCAGAGAGCACCUUUAAUAAGGCUCUUUCGAAGUCAGAACUGCAAACAGAUAUCCAACAACCUUCAAAAAUAAGUUCCACAUCAGAGUCAGAACUUCAAACAGAUGUGCAACAACCUUCAAAAAUAAGUUCCAUAUCAGAGAUUGAACAGCAAACAGAUGUUCAGCAACCUUUAAAGAUGCGUUGCAUUUCCAAAAUAACAACUCCUAAGAAGAGGAAGAGAAAAGGAAGAAAAGGGAGACCAAAGGCUGUUUCUCGUAAGCAGAGCAGUAGAAUAUCGGGGUAGUGUCCGUAUAUCUUCAGGAAUCUGUAUAGCAUUCAGUCUGGUUUCAAUUGAAUCAAACAUCUUAAUUUGCGGUGAAGUACUACCGACCGAAGACAAUUGUAUAUUCAAUAUUGAUUGGUCGUAUAUAUCUACUAAUUCUGUAUAGCCAUUCGUGUUCGUUUCUGCUGGUUUACGGUUCUGCUUGUCUUGCAGAUUCUUUAGGUUGGAUCUAAAAGGGAUGGUACCAUAAUAAGUUGUAGGAUCAACCACUACUUGUCUGAGUUUGGUUGAAAACGAGUCAAAAUUAUUCUGAAAUAGUUUGGCCUUGGUUUUAAUUUCUCCAAACAAGAGACCUAAAACUUGAUGCGUAUUGAUGGACGCCAAGAAUCCAAUGUAAUCUGUUUUCUAUACAGCAGCAAUAAUCUUCGAUCUUUAUCAUCAGGAAACUGAUGGUAUAUUUUUCUUUAAGAAGAUAUCUGGCAGAAAAUUACAUAUUCUUCCCUUAAUGGGCUAGUCAGCCAUAAAUUUCAAGAAGCCACUUGUCCUACAAACAUUUUCCUGGAUAAUUUUACAGAGAUGAGCGCAAGCACAGUUGCUGAUGGCACAAAAAUAACAUCAGGAAUAGCUUUAAUCAAUUUGAGUUGGGGCAGAGACUCCCCCGCCCUCUUAGCCGCCAUUGCUGCAGGAGGUGUGACAAGCCCAGUGAUGAGGGAAGAGUCAUCUAAUUUGCUGAGAGUCAGCUGCUUCGUCAUAAACUUCAUGAACAAAGUUUUCUUUUCCGCGUCAUUGGCUAAACUCCAUUCUCUAAAACAUGCCUGUUUUUUGGAGACGCGCAAUUAUUCUUUUGUGAAAUAGAGGAAGAGGGAGAGGGAGAGGGAAAGGGAGAGACACCAACCUCGACCUCUUUUAGAGGUGGAACAUCGUAGUGUUUACCAGGAAGUGCAGAAUUGACCGUACUGAAAAUUGAUUCGGUGCAAACAUUUUUGUCACUGUACAUAUAUGAUCAGCUAAGUUCACGAAUAGCUAACCAAAUUAUGUUAGGGCCUUUACCUGAAAAUAUCAAGCAUGGCUGUGUGGAAAUCCUCGAAAUUGUUGACAUCUUUCUGAAUAAACUGCCGAUGGAGUGUCCCAAUCACCAAGCUUAACAUCUGAGCUGUUGGCAGACCUACAAAAGAGACAAGUGUUGAGGUUAUUGCAUGCAUAUCGCCAAUUUGAAGAAUCCAGAGCUUAACUUUCUUCAUUGUAAGGGAAAAAAGAGACUAAGUGCAAAGGACAGAGUGUCAUUCACCCUUUCCCAUGAAGCUCGCAAAUGCACCCAUUUUGAAGAAAUGCAAUUGAUGCACUAGACUCUAGAGGAUAACAUGUUGUAUAUGAAUGUAUAUAUAUGCUACAGGAGCAAAAGUAGCAUAAAAGUUUGGAAUGGCUUGUUAGUAUAGGUGGUCAUCACAAGCAAGGAAUAAACUACCAGGUGUAGAUAUGAAAAAAGGUAAGCAUGAUUCCUAGCUUCUUCUGAGUGGCUUCAAAUGAAUAUCAAUGUUUACAAUAAAACAUAUCAAGUACAGAACAAAAAAUCCAAUGUGGAGGCCUUUGAUUGCACCAAAUCCAAAAGGAAGAUUCAACAUAAAAUUCCAUGUAACACUUCAUUCAACAUAUAUAGUAUGUUUCUAUAAUUUGUUUGAUUGUAGUUUUUCACCUUGUAUUAGGUAAGGUCUGAAUGAGAGUGUCACUUUUGGUGCUCUCUACCACCAUUCAUAACCUUUCUGUAUUGACUGGAUUAAGAACAAGAAGGCUUUUUGUGCAUUCUUUGAAUGUGUACGUUGUCUGCAUCUUUCACAGUACAUACUCUUUUUCAUCUUCCCAACCUGGAAGCACCUCAGAUCAUUCCUCAUUCCCAAGCUAGUGUAUUUCUCAAUCCUCUAAACAUUGAAGAUUUUCAUCAGGUAAAAAAGCACUCUUUGCCUUUAUGUGCAGCUGUAAAUGGUCCAGGGCAAAGUAUAUGCCCUCUAACUGCUGAUGCAGUUUACCCCCAGCUAAAAAUUCCCACACCCUACCAUUGAUCUCAAUGCUACUGCAGCCUGUCUCUUUUUUUGCACCCUUUUUGCUCAUUAAACUUUUGAUUUCUUCAACGUCAUUCCAUCUUCUCUCAGAGGCGUACAAAUUUCUCAACAUAACAUAGUUUCCAUCAUUCUUGGGAUCUAGAUCGAUUGCCUUUCUGAUUACUCUCUCAGCUCUUAGAAUAUCUUUGGCGUAGUAGCAUGCAAAAAGAAAAGAACUUAAUAUUAUUCCAUUUACUUCAAAUGGCAUAUGGUCAAUAAAGCUUUCAGCUUCAUCCAGACGUCCUGCUCUUCCCAAUAGAUCUAUUAGACAACCAUAAUGCUCAAUCUUUGAAGUGAGCCCAAAAUCUUCUCCCAUUGCCUUAAACCAUCUCUUUCCUUCCUCGACUAAACCUCCAUGGUUGCAGGCUGUCAAAACCCCCAGCAUAGUCACCUCAUUUGGCUUGAACCCCUUCUUUCUCAGCUCCAAAAAUAAUUCUAAAGCAUCCUCCGCACGCCCAUUUAUUGCCAACCCAUUUAUCAAAGCAUUCCAUACAGAAAUUUCUUUCAACUUUGCGCCAUUGAAAACAUCUCUAGCCUUUUCUAUUUCGCCACAUUUAGAAUACAUAUCAAUUAAUGCAGUGCAUACAUUUGAAGAUCUAUCCAAGUUUUUCCUCCUAGCAUAAUGGUAAACCCAGUUUCCCAAUUCCAGAGCACCCAAAUCAGCAAUGGCUGGUAGGACACUAACUAGGGUAACAUCAUCUGGUCGAACAUUUCUCACCAUUUGUAACUGAUGGAACAAGUUCAAAGCCUCAUGUGAUUGUUUAUUUUGGCUAUAUCCCCCAAUCAUUGCAUUCCAAGAAAACAAAUUUCUCGCCGGCAUAGCAUCGAACAACUGCCUAGCUUCACCAACAUCACCAGCACUGCAAUACCCAUCAAUCAUACUAGUCCAAGACACCACAUUCCUCUCCGGCAUUGUUUCGAACAAACUCCCAGCCAACCCCAUCUCCCCCAUCUUCACAUGAGCAUCGAUCAUCACAUUAUAAGCUGCCACAUCUUUCUCUGGCAUGAAAUAAAAAAGCCCCAUAGCUGAACUCAUAUCCCCACUUUUAACAUACCCGUCGAUCAGAGCAGUCCACGACACCGAACUCCUUUCAGUCAUUUCAUCAAACAUUUUCCUCGCAAGUCCCAGUUCCCCAAACUUCCCAUACAUGUCAACCAAAGAAGUCGCCACAUACAAGUUCACACACCCACGUUUCAAGGAGUGAUUAUGAACUCCAAGCCCUUCAAAAACCGCCAUUGUAAGCCCACAACACUUGGCUAGACUGGAAAAAGUGUAAUUAUCCGGCUGAAAAUCGACAUCCCUUAAUAGAUCUCUGUACAAGAAGGUGGCUUUAGUGAACUGGCGAGCAUUCAAAUGGGAUUUAAUCAUGGUGUUGCAGAGAAAAGUGUCGUCCUUUUGAGUGCUGAAGUCAAAUAUGCGGCGAGCAUGGGUAAUGCCGGCAAGCCGGUCGGAGGAGACAAAGGCAUCGAUGAGCUUCGUGAGGAGGUUAAUGUUGGUUAAGAGAGAGUUUUGGAGCAUAAAUGCGUGGAUUUGCAGAAGGGUUGCCCUGGAAUUCCUCUGUUGAAGGAGAUAGAGACACUUUCUUUCUUUUCCGCUCCAUAACCAAUCCGUUUUUCUCUGGUUCAUUGGCCUCUCUGCUUCUUCAUGCAAAAAGAGCUUCCAUUCAUUUAAACCACUAAAUGGCGCUUCAUUUAUGGGCUAAUUGUAAAAGAGCUCAUUUAAAUGCCUCCACUUAUUUAAAUUUGAAUGAAAGUUAUAGCCUAUUUACUAUUAAAUACAAUCACGACAUGUAUACUCCCUCCAUUUUUCAAUAUACUAGAUGCUUGCCC